ACUGGUCGUCUCACUCGUCUCAGUCAGUCUCAGUUCCAUUCUACAACUGCACGUGAUUUCGACGUUCGUUCUGAUUGUGAGCAUUUCCGUGCUCGCCUUAUACCUUAUACACCGACGGUGUCGGAGAAGAAACGUCGAUCAUCGGAGAUGUUUCUUCAGGAUCCAAACAACGCCCUGAUGUCCCUGGAACUUCAGAAUAUGCAACUGGCAUCGCCGAUCUUCGCGCAGUCACCGAUCGCUCUGCAACGCAAAUUAGGUGAGAGGAUGAAUUCAAGCGAAUGGGUAUUUCAACCCCCAUUACUGCGCGGAGUCAACGUGGAGCUGCUUAAUCGAAACCUCUGGCAGCAAUUCUACGAGAAUAGUACAGAAAUGAUAAUUACCAAGAGCGGUCGGCGCAUGUUCCCGUCCGUUCAGAUAAACGUAAGCGGUUUGGAGAAACGUGAGAAUUAUUAUGUCCUCAUGGAGAUAGCACCGGCCUCCGAUCGCCGCCACAAGUACUGUGGAUACCAGAACGGGGGCAAGAACAGCAAUAUGGGUGGCUGGAGUUUUGCGGGGCCGGCAGAGCCGCAACAGCCCUUCAGCUAUAGGAUUUAUAAGCAUCCCGACAGUCCGGCAACGGGGAGCCACUGGAUGGACAAUCCGAUCAGCUUCAAUAAAUUGAAGCUCACGAACAACAUCAACGACCCCAAUAAUAACGUGGUAUUAACGUCGAUGCACAAAUACGUUCCUAGGAUCUGGAUAGUCCGUUGCUUCGAUGCGAAGAACUACAACGAGCUCUUCACUCAUCCAACCGCGACGUUCGCUUUCAAGGAGACGGAAUUUAUCGCGGUGACGGCAUACCAAAACGAGAACAUCACGAAGUUGAAGAUCAAUAACAAUCCAUUCGCUAAGGGUUUUCGCGAGACGGGUCAGUCACGGUUCAAGCGAAAGCAUCAUUCGAUUGAUCAUCAGGCCCAAUCGGAUUCCAGUCCCGACGAAGGGGUUUCGUUGACCUACGACUCCGAAUCGAAUCAGGUCGCGAGCGAGGGGGACAGCGUCGCGAGUAUCGCGGAGAACUCGAUGGAAUCGAUGGAAAGACUCAUGGUCGAGGAAAACACGGACAACAACGACGCACGUGAUGACGCCAGACCGAUCGCCGCGAAUCCGAGAUCACCAGAGAAGGCUGAGAACGAGCUCGAGGUACCCUUUCACAGGCCCUGGACGGACCCGCCACGUAGUCGUCACCAAGUAAUGCCGUCGUCAUACUACAAUUUGCAUUAUCCUCAUCACCCGUCGUAUUAUCCGCCGUAUUACUUGUACUCACAAUAUGUGGCAUCGGACUAUAUGAGACUGCGCGAUUAUCAGUUUAAUUAUUUCUACAGGCACUUAGGGUACGGAUAUCCUAGACUGUGACGCAUGCGAACGUACGCUGUUUCGUUUUUUUUCUCGCGAUUUUAUUGCCAUAAAUUUAUGAGUUUCAUGAAGAAUAAACAUUUCUAUCA